AUCUCUAUUGUAGACUGGGACUUAGACGCAUCAACUGCCUCAAGUCAAAAGAGAAGCAGUCAAUGCGCUGGGAGGAGUGCUAAGAAUUCAGUACGGUUAGUACACUCUAGGGAAUUCAUAGCUCUCUCGAAGCGCUUUCGAAGCGCGCAAUAGCUAAUUCGGAACGACUUUCUAUGUACUCUACGCGCUUUAUGCGUAAAUCGGAACGCACCCCAUGACAGCCGGCAAAGUUGUGCACUUUCUAUGUUAAGAUUUGCUGGGGAUUGCAAAACUAUCGUCGCAGUGUUUUUCAAAAAUCGCGAGAAAGAGAUCUUGGAAUCACCGCGACGAUACAUGUGCCCGAGGCUUUCUGCGCCGAUUUAACCUCGCCUGUUUCGAGAGAAUGAGUACGCGCGACACGGAAAUUUGUGGAUUCCUCUACGUCAAGUCUACGGGAAGCGGGCACGUCGCUUAUAGGGUGAAAAAGAGGACCCUGGCUCUGUCGAAGUUGUGGAAACGAUCAUGGUGCUCGGUGAGGAAGCUAGGCGAGGGUAGCGGUCUGCAGGUGCAGUUCAAUCGAAAGCUCACCUGUCGCAGCAACGCUUUAAAGCAGAGCGAGAAGGACAGCUCUGUAACGAUACCGCCAGGCGCCGUUGUGCAUCGCAUUUGCUCCAGAACGAAGCAAUUCGCGUUCGGCGUGUCGCCGGUGGUGGACAGAAAGCCGCUACUGUCGCUGUCCGCCAACUCGGAGACCGAGACGCAACGUUGGAUGACGGAUAUCAGGCACCUGUUGAAACCCAGAAGGCACUGCUGCGCGGAGAGGUCGUACGACAUAUCCAUGGUCGACAAUGCACACUCCAAAACGGCAGGUUUAACUGGUAUAUACGGCGAUCUGGUUGCCAACGAGAUAGGAAUUUUCAUUAGGAACGUUCACACGGGCGAGAUAGCUGAAACUUUCGAAUGGAAGGAGUUCACUCAGUUCCACUUGAUGACAGCGGGCCGUCCCGAGGACGUAAAGCGCAUUUGCGUAAUGCACACCAGCAAGGAGUUCCGCUGUGGCGUCGGGGAGCUCUACGUCUUUUGUCUCGACGCUAACAAGCUGCUGCGUGACUUGGUGACGCAGGGUCGCGGUCCGAGACAUCAGCACAGAUCUUCACGUUACAACAGUGAUCUGGAAAUGGCGGCACACAGUGAAAUUAGUAGUCUUCCCUUGCAGCUGAAAAGUGACGCUGUACUCUGUACCCUUCACACAGACGCCAAUUGUUUAAGGACGUCGGUCGGGACCAAAGCUGUGGAAAAUAUAUAUCAACCGGAGCCCAAUCCGAUGUACGGUGGAAAGUCUCAUUCCCGCGACCACAGGGAGUCCAAUAUCUCCAUUACUUCUGGAAUUUAUGAAGAAAUUAAAGAUGACGUUUGUUCCCCUCGGCCAAGAACGUUACUAAGAGGUAAAGCUCCAUGUAAUUCGCAAGCGGAUCCUCCGGCACUACCACCACGACAGAAACAGGGGCCAGAGUGCGCAGAGGAAAACAGCAGGAUAGAUAUGGAGCAAUAUUCUCGUUCAGAAACUUCCGACCAUUUUGAGAGGAGAUUACAAAAUAUGGUAUGUGCGCGGGGAACUGCUCUCACAGAUUCUAGCUACGUUCCGAUGUCGCCACAAUUGAGAGACCUCGGUGUGCUCGAGUCUGAUAUCUCGGAUAAUUCGAAAGAAAAUGAUUACGUGAUUAUGCGAUAAUGUUAUAUGACAUAAAUAAUUGACAAGGAUUAUAAAUAAUCUAGUAGAUAGCAAAAACUAUAGAUAGGAAAUAUAUAUAUAUAAAAAGCCGUCCAAAAUACAUUAUACUAUCAUA